UAAUGGAAAGGAGGAUAUUUUCAAAGGUGACGUGAGUUAACUGGCUUUGACAGUCACAGUGAGAGAAGUCUGUUGUGCCAGUGUUUUAUUUGAGGCGGGGAGUGCACGGAGCAUACGAGGAAAGCCAUGAGACAGGACAACCUGCUGCCCUAGUUCUCCAGUCCUUACCACGCUGAUGAAGGAGGGUGUGGCAGCAUCGAAAUUUCACUAUGGCCUCCUCACCCUCAGCCGUGCCGUCCACCAUUGCCAGCAUGGCCUCCACCAUGGCCAGUAUGGCAUCAACUCUGAUCAAAUCCAGCAACGAGUCCAUGACUUCUACAGUAAAACCAAUAGCCUCUACCAUUGAAAACAUGGCCUCCACUAUCGUGACCAUGUCAGGGACCAUCGCAUGCAUUCCUUCCGUCGUCUCAGACAUGGCCUCCACAAUCGCCAACAUGUCCGCCACCAUUACAAACCUUGCCGGUACUGACUAUGCAAAGGGUCAGAGCAUUGCUGUGAUAGCUUCCAGUAUCGCUGCCAUGUCCAACACCAUCGCCAGUAUGUUAUCUGGCGCUCCUUCUCCAGUGCCUUCCAGUACCAUCGUGUCCUCUUCAAGUAUAAACGUCUCCACGGCAACCAACACUCCCUUAGCACGCGAAUCCUCCUCAGCUGAGUCACCAAAGCUUCAGUCCAGUGUGCCCUCAACGCUCACCACUGCCACAGCUACCACAUGCUCCCCCACUGCUUCCCCACCAACACCCACCACGUGUAGUAUCAAAUGUACUUGCAGUCCCAAGCCCACAGUCCACAACAUUCCCACUACCAAACCCACACUUCGCGUCACAGCAAUACAUUCCUCCACUUCUACCUCCACUCUUCCCACCUCACCUAGUACAUACACACUGCCACAGUCCAUCUCCGUCCACCUCACACCUUCCUGCUCUGUUGUUACCUCUCUUGCACAAACCAAACACACGGUAAUAUCUACACCUUCUACAGCAAAUAUGCCUUCCUCCACUGUCACCACGAAGUCUUCCCUUACCACGCUGCCUUCAUCCUCCCACUCCACGGGUUCCACGGUCAGCCUCUGGAACGGCGUCAGAACUAUCAAGAUCCUCGACUCUAUUGGACGUACAGUGCUGUAUGAUAUAUUCCUGUGGGGCACACCGAAGAAGUCACUCUCUGAACACCUUGAUCAGUACCUGUCACACCUUCCUGAGGAAUCCACGGCUAACUAUCGUAAGCUCAGUUCCGUCCAGCGUAGAUUCAACAAGACAGAUUUGCAGUACAUGGCUAAUGAUCCCUCCUGUGCUUCCUUUGACAUCUCGCUGCUCUGGAAGUGUAUCAAGCUGGCUUGUGAGGACGUGGCGGAGGCCAGCGAUCCAUGCUGGCACACUGUCAGCCCCCAGGUUUCGUCGGAUGCGAAAAUGGAGUGUUUUGUCAGUGGUAUUAAGAAAUGUCGGAACAAUGUGUAUCAUGGAACGCUUGAGAUGAGCCACAGCGAUUUUCUACAGACUGCAGCAGAACUGAGAUUUAUUUUUUGCGGUGCUCUCUCAGCCGCUAAGCAGAGGUACAACAGACCUGAUGCUGAGUUGACCUCUAAAACCCAAUGGGUGCAAAAUAACUUAGAUAAAAUAGCACAAGAAAUUCUUGGAGAAAACGAUCUGAUAACAUUUUGUGGAGAUCGGCUGAUGCAGGAUCUCGCACACGAGGUGAAUGAUAGCCUGAAGAUCCAGUUUCAAAAUGCUGUCAACAUCGACCCCAUGGCUUUUCUGGUUGGAGUAGAUUUGCGCCUCCAUGUCCAGAAAGUGUUUACAAAUGUUAGGGUGAGGAGCGGAGACCGACAUGGAGAAGGAACAUUAAUAAAUUACUUGGAUCUGGUAACAGUUGCAAAGAAUGACGCCAAAUCUGGCAUGCCUCAGGUGCUCUUGGUGGAGGGAUUGGCUGGCAGCGGCAAGACCACGCUGCUGACAAUGGUGACUGACGAGUGGCUCAAGUUGGAACAAGACCGCUCCUUUAGAGGCCUGGACCAAUAUGACGUGCUUCUGAAGGUGCAGUGCCGGGACCGAGCCAUCACCACCUUCAAGUGCCUUCUUGAAAAGCACGUGUCAAGUGUAUUCCUGAAGUACAGAAGUCUAGUCUUGCCCCUCAUCAAGAAGUGUAACGUGCUAAUCCUCAUUGACGGUCUGGAUGAGGCUAACGAAGACUCGGAGAGACUACUGACUGACAUACUUGAGGAAAUGAAAGGUGUCCCCAGCUGUACCCUGCUGUGCACGUCGCGUCCGGAAAGGACAUCCAUAUUUACCAGUAGGAUACAUUCCAAGUUUUAUAUUUCCUAUAUAGAAUUGCUUGGAAUACCAGAGUCAAGUCGAGAAAAGUUUGUGAGGCGUUACCACGAAGAGAUCAAGCGGCAGGCUCAGGGCGUUCAAGACACAGAGGCUCUCGUGCAAAAGGUGCAGGAGCUACGCGGCAGAGAGCUCUUCAUGUUGCCACUAAAUCUUGUCUUCCUCACCUGGGUUUAUCACCACAAGCCCUCAGCAGUCACCACCACCACUACUCAGAGUCACCUCUACCACAUCGUUCACCAGCUGAGCGUCGAGAAGCUGCUGGAUCGCUUGGCCCACCACCCCAUGACCAAAGCCAGAGAUCGGCGUGACCUGGAAAGCUGCAUCAGAGAAUGUCUUAAGUCCAUUUAUCACGAGUCCAUCUUGGCACUUGCUGAGGAGAAAUUAACACUGAGCAAGAAUGCUGAAGAUAACAUCAGGACGUCCUGCAUCACCCAAGGUAUUCCACCAUCGGAACUCCUGUCAGCUUUCUUCUGUCUCAAGGCCACACGGACUUACCUAGGAAUGCAAGAGCAGUACUCCACUCCUCACCUGGGCAUGCAGGAGUACUACGCGGCACUCCACAUCGUCAGCCACUCGUCCAUGGCAAAGGCAUCAGGGAGCGUGAGAGACGUGCUAAAAGUCACCUUAAAUGCAUUGGAUAUUAAUCUGUCAAUGUUUCAAAACGUGCUUCAACAUGUCGCUGGACUCCUGCAUCUGCUGAACUACAGUGUGCCGGAAGUUGUGUCAGUGGAGGUGGUGGACCUGCUGCAAGAGUCUGGGGUGCGGUGCAGGACGCAGUGGCUGGAUUUGGUGGAGGACACCGGGGCUGCCCCUAUGGUGCUGCGCCGCGUCGCUCACCACUUCAUGAUUAGCAGUGACGGUGACGAGAUCGUGGUGACUGACGGUCGCAUUGGAAGCUACACAGCCCUGCUCCCUCACCUCCCUUCAGAGUGCCCCAUCAGGGUUAACAUCACCAAGGUCUCAGAGGGGCUGGAGGAGCUGCUUCGAAUCCUGACUCGCCACACGUGCAAGUGGUUAUUCCUGCAUCCUUUCUACCGCGACCCGGAGGAGGAAGUGACCUUCAACGACACCCUCAAGCUGCUGCUGCCAAGGAGCAACAUGAAGGUGUUUUUAGGACAACUCAGCCCCGAAGGUGUUGUCUGUCUUCCCGCCAGUUUGGAAAACCUGGCACUUGUGUUCGGCGGGGACGAGCACAGCAAGGCUCUCCUGAGGGCUCUGCGGGAGGCUCACCUGCCCAAUCUGAAGCAUCUUAAGAUACACGUGCCGGUCAAACUUGUGUCGCCGCAGUGCCUGGGGCCCCUCCCGAACAUCGACAACGUGCAGCCCGGGGAGGGAGUUGACCUGAUCAUCUCGGACGUGAGUGACUUCGAUGUUGACAAGGCCAGCCAAGUCAUCACUGGCCUUCAGCCGCCUGCAGGGUUCCGAGCCAUCACCUUCCCCCGCACCACCACCACGGGCUUGGGAUGGCGCCGCCUAGUGAAGCUGCUCGCGUCUGCUGGAGCCAAGAUAGGAGCAGGGAUCGCGGUUCCGGACACCUCUGUGAACGUUGAUCAGAAGAAUGAACUGGAUAAUUUGGCGGAAACAACCGUGGGAUGUGACUUCUGGAGGGUCUCUGAGGAGAUACUUUGGCCGUGAGUAGAUUUCCCUGCGUCACUACCAGAAAGCGCCGCAGAGAGAGAGAGAGAGAGAGAGAGAGAGAGAGAGAGAGAGAGAGAGAGAGAGAGAGAGAGAGAGAGAGAGAGAGAGAGAGACAGUGUGUGUGUGUUUUGUAAAGUCAAGGCUGGUCAAGGAUAAUCCCGUGACUCCUGUAUUGUGACAAGCUCGCUUCCUGUUCUCAGCACCUCCACAGCAGCCAUUAGUGGUGCGGACAGCGAGGAGUGUUCUGUUCAUCGUGACAGUGUGGUGUUGUUAGUUUUAUGUCCUCUAUUUUUACAGGUCAAACUAUGCAAAGGGACAAGAUAAGCCUCCCCUUCAAAAAAAAAAAAAAAAAAAAAAUCCAGCUUAUCUUGUAGCUUCUAAAAAAAAAGUCAAUUAUAGAUGAAAAAAAAGUUCAUUUUAAUACCAGCGGUGUUUUCAUAUCUAUAGAAAAAUGACAUAUAUUUUUUUAUUUAUUUUUAUUAUUUGUUUACUGAUUUCUAACAGGUAAGCUCAUCAAUUCAGUGAGUGAGUUUUGUCAUUAACAGGUGAGGACUUCCAAAGUUUUAUUCACUUCCAUGUUUGCUAAAAGAAAAAUAAUAAGAAUAAAUAUGACAGUCAGCGCUCGAGCUCCUCCUUCCUCAGUUCCUCUCGUAUAAUGUCGGAGAGAAUCUGAAAUGCCUGAAAUAAGAAAUAGUUCAGUUAUUCUCUCUCUCUCUCUCUCUCUCUCUCUCUCUCUCUCUCUCUCUCUCUCUCUCUCUCUCUCUCUCUCUCUCUCUCU